AUGAAUAACUCAGCGGUUGAUCCAAAUAAAUAUCGUUUCAAUGUCUCCAAUGUCUUCAAGCCGUUGUCUCCAACACUUAAUAAAGGAUUCAGAUCUUAUGGAGUAUGUCUUCUGGAAGUGGUGGCUUUCUUGGCACUGGGAAUUUAUUGUGGAGGGUAUCUGGUCAACAAGAACUAUCAUAUUGGUACGAAUUUUAAUGGACUUACUGGUUUUUUUAGGCAUGUACAGUAUUGUAAUAUCAGUUUUAUUCCUAUCUGGUGUUUGGAUUCAUUUUCUUGGGCUUCAUUUCAAUUCGAGAAGGUUGCUUCUGGUUCACUGCUACUCAUGUAUGGCUAUCGCUAUGUUCCAAAUUAUGGUUUUGAUGACCGGCAUCUUAAUCGAUGUUUUUUAUGAGGUUCUGCUCCUUCAGCCAAGUGCAAGGUAGUUUAAAUCAAACUGCUGUUUUAUUAUUUGUGAUAUGUUCCAGAAAGGUGCUGUUGACACUGAGUAUGGAGAUGUUAUGUUCGAGUGCCCUGGCUGUCCUCUUCGGGAUUUCUAGUUAUAUAAGGGCCAGAGAGAUCAGAACUUUCCAAAUGGCCAGGGAUUCUUUUAUAUUUUUCCUCAGGGGAUUCGGUGAGUUUCCUGAUGUAAACUUCACCUUAUUAAUACUUUAUUCUCGUCUUUAGAUGCCUAUUUGACCUCUUCGUUUGGCCACAAAUUCCCGAAAUACACUGUCCAGUACAAGAAAUAG